AUGGCACGUGGUUUUAAUAAUAUAGCAUACAUAUCAUUAUGUAUACUAAGAUUUUGGUGUGCUUCUUUGCCUGGAUAUGUUCAUCCCGAUGAAUUUUUUCAGUCCCCCGAAAUUAUGGGUGGAGAUGUUCUUGGAUAUGAAGUUUUCAGACCUUGGGAAUUCGUUCAAAGUCCCCAAUGUAGAUCGAUAGUUAUACCAGCUAUGACUAUAGGAAUACCAUUUCAAGUUUUAAAGAUUUUAAACACGUGGGCAACUAAAUUUGGAUUUAAUGAUAUAUUAAAUUCACAUUCCAUAUUUAUAACUGAGAGGAUUUCAAUUUUUAUCUUGUCCUUUGGAAUAGAUUACACCGCAUAUACGAUAGCUCAGUUAUUUUAUCCUAAUAAUGCUUUACGGUCAUUAUUAGUAUUUGCGUCUUCCUAUGUUGUUCUUAUCUUUAAUACUCGGCCAUUUUCAAAUUCUGUUGAAUCCAUUUUAUUAGCACUUGCAUUUUGCGUUUAUGUGAAAGGAUCAACUCCAAAAUUUCCUUUACGACAACAGCAUGGAGAUUCUUCCACUGACAAAGAUGAAUUUCCUGUAAAUCUUGCGUUCCUAUUUGGUUGCAUUGUAGCUUUGGGUUCAUUUACUAGGAUCACAUUCAUUUUAUAUGCAUUUCCUAUCGGAUUGGCAUUCCUCCAUCAUAUCUUUUUAUCUGCAAGAGCCCAAGGAAAAUCUUGGUGUGUGUACAGUAAAUUCUCUGAGCUCUUACCAGCAUGUCUAGGGUUAAUUAUGACAACGGUAAUAUGUGUAUUAGCCGAUUCUUUGUACUUUGGCGCAUUAAAUAUUACAUUUAGUGGGACGCUUCUUGAUAAAGAUCAUAUAUUUGAAUUAUUGCGUAAUCCAAUGAAGUUCGUAGAGAUUGGAUGGCAUGGUAAUUUGAUCAUCACUCCAUUGAAUAAUUUUGCAUAUAACUUGGAUUCAAAUAAUUUAUCUCAACAUGGACUUCAUCCUAGAUAUUUACAUAUUUAUAAUUUUGUAUUAUUAUUUGGACCGCUUACAUUAUUAACCAUGAAGGAUCUUCAGUUCAGUGUAAAUUUUAUGAGAUUGAUAUCUAAAAGAACAUAUAAAACUGAAGCAAGAUUCUUAUUACCACUUUUACUUCCCGUUAUAAUUGUACCAUCAGAUAGACUUCAUAAGCUUCAUAUGUCAUUUUGGACUAUUUGGGCAGUAUUUAAUCUGGUAUUUAUUGCAAUAUUUGGAGGAUUACACCAAGCGGGAAUCGUUCCUAUAAUGCAAAAAUUACAAAAUCAAGCAUUAAGAUUUAAAAAAUGUGAAGAACUUUCUGGAUAUUUUCAAUGUGAAUUAGGAAAGAAAUUCUUUAUACCAGUAAGCGAUCCAACUGAAACUCUUACUACCAAUAUAAUAUUUUACAAGACAUACAUGCCACCACGUCAUUUACUUGGUUAUCCCAAAGCGUGGAGAGGAACAAAUAUUCAAGUUAACGUUUAUGAUCUGGCCGGAUCUCCAUUGAGUGACCUUGAAAAUCUAAUAACAAAACAAGUACCAUCUAAAAGUUCCUUGACUGAAAAUUUAUGGAGAGAACAAAUCAUUUUUCAACAGAACAAAAAUUCCAACAACUCGAGAAUAUUUGAAAGGACAUUAUUAGUAACGCCAUCCACGACAGACUUUUCACCAUUCUUUAUCGGAACUUAUAAUGAAUUAACAUCAAUCGGAGAUGACGAUAAUAAUGGCAAAAAAAGAAUGAAAUUAAAAUUAAUUGAACAGCAUUGGCCUCAUGUUAAUUUUGAUCAUCUUGAUAGAAUAUUUGCGAAGGGAAUGUAUUUAAAUGUUUAUUUACUUGUCAGUUUUUCAGAUUAG